AUGCCUGAUUAUCAAAAUGGUGCAUAUUCUUCAGAUGACUAUUCAUUUCUCGAGUCUGUUUCCUCGAAUGCCAAAACCACAACAAUUCAUAAAAAUGCUAAAACUAUUAAAGGAAUCAGUGCCAAUAACUAUGCAUUUUCCACGUGUAAAGACACGAUCGAAACUGUUAUAUUCGAGACAGGAUCAUUGCUAUACGAAAUUUCCCCGUACACAUUUUAUCAAUGCUCAAAACUCCAACAAAUCGACCUUACUCCAUGCUCUCAUUUAACAAAUAUUGCUGAUCAUGCAUUCUAUCAAUGCAAAUCAUUAUCUUCUAUAAAAAUUCCAAAUUCGAUAACAAAAUUAAGAGAAUAUUCAUUUUAUCAAACAAAUUUAUCAACUUUCACACUUCCUUCAUCUGUAACAAGUAUUUCAGAUUAUUGCUUCAUGUAUAGUUCAAAAUUGGCGCAAUUAGAGAUUCCUACUGAUAGCAAUUUAGUUUCUAUAGGGAAAUGGGUUAUAAUUGGUACUCUAGUAACAUCUUUUUAUAUUCCAUCUAAAGUUAAUUCAAUAUCAUAUGCAUUUUCUGAAGGUGCGCAAAUUCAAUCAAUUACAUGUUCUCCUUCAAAUCCAUAUUACAAAGUUGAAAACGCAAUUUUGAUUGAUAAAAGAAGCAUGAUCACGCAUACGUACCCACAAAGGAAAGGAGGUUCUGUCAUAAUUCCAGAGGGAAUUACAGGAACAAUGUCUGCCGUUUUUUCCUCAUGUGGAAUUACAUCUGUCCAAUUUCCAUCUUCUAUAACAUAUAUAAAUGAAUAUUCCUUUCAGCAAAAUCCAUUAACUGAAAUUGAAAUUCCAGAUUCUGUAACCUCAAUGUAUAAAAAGGCUUUCUAUGCAUGUGACAAGUUGACAACAGUAAAAUUGCCAAAUAAAAUAACAACACUUCCCGAAAGUUGUUUCGAAGGAUGUGGAUUGACAUCAAUAACAAUUCCAGACAGCGUCAAAAUUAUCAAUGAUCGAUGUUUUCUUAAUUGUCCUAAUCUUCGGGAAGUUAUUUUACCCGAUAGUAUAUCACAGCUUAACGGUAGAGUCUUCGAUCCAACAACACAGAUCCGAUUCUCUAAUAACUCUAAGUUCUACAUCACAGCAGAUUACGUCAUUAUGGACAAAGUUAACACCACAGUUGUUCAGUACAUCGGAAGAAACUCAGACAACAGCAUCAACAUUCAUUUUAAUGUUAGUGAGAUCAAGAAAUCCGUAUUCUCAGACAAAACACUCUUACGAAGUAUCACAUUUCCCGUUGAUUCUAAACUUCAGACAAUCAAUGACAAAGCAUUUAUCAACUGUUAUAAUCUAGAAUUCAUUGGACUUCCUUCCAGCAUUGUUUCAAUAGGCAGUGAAUCAUUCAGCAAUUGCUACAAACUUCGAAGCAUCUCACUCAACUAUUGCAAUAAAAUUGGUUCUAGUGCAUUUCUCAACUGCAUCAAUCUGAGUAUUGUUACAUUCGAAGAGAGUUCCAUCACGAAUAUUCCAGAAAAUUGUUUCUACAAUUGCAUAUCACUUACAACAUUAAAUUUACCAAUCAACCUUGAAAUCAUCGGUGAUAAAUCGUUUAUGCUUUGCACAUCCUUGAGCAAUGUUGUUUUCCAUUCUAGUGUUAGUUCAUUUGGUGAGAGCUGUUUCCGUCAAUGUAACAUCAAGACUGUUGAUCUCAGUGUUUGCAGUUCAUUUCAAACACUUAGUGAUAACUGCUUUCGAGACAACAAUCUUCUAGAAAGCAUCAAAUAUCCACAUGAUUUGCAUACACUUGGUGCAUUCACCUUGAGCAACACAUCAAUUUCAUCAUUUGACAUUCCUUCAUCCCUCGAGACUAUCAGCUCAGACACAUUCACAAACUGCUUUUCACUUAAGUCUAUCCAUAUUCCAUCCGACUCAAGCCUUAGUCUUAUUUCCGUUGGCUCAUUCCGAAACUGCAUCAACAUUGAGAACAUCACAUGCGAUAGCGACAUAUACCAUGUUGUUACUGGUGCGCUUUUCAACGACAAGAUGGCAUCCCUCAUUUUGUUCCCACCAGCAUCCAAAGUGAAGUACUUCUCAUUGCCUGGCAGCACAAGGACUAUUGGUGAAGGUGCGUUCAUGAGCUGUGUCAACUUAAUCAGUGUUAUGAUUCCUAGUGGGAGUGUUUCAACUAUCUCACAAAAUGCAUUCGAAGGUUGCAUCAAUCUUAAGAUGAUCAACAUUCCAUCUAGUGUUGUCGAAGUUGGUGCAGAUGCAUUCAAGGACUGUACACAUCUUUCAUGCGAAUGUGAGAUUGAGAACCGAACUAAAAUUUUUCUUAAUCAACUUAUCACUCAUAGCAAACUUCCUACACGAUGUGUUUAUGAUCGUGAAUCUCUAUAUUCAUGUCGUGUUAAAUCCAGUUUUCAAAACAAUCUUCUAAUUCAUCCAUUUAUUGUUAUGAUAUUAUAA